AUGUCUUUGGCUCUGUCGGACCCGAUGAAAAAGGGUAUCCACGAUCCUUCUAGAGGCAGUAUCUCAGCAAUCGCCGCCAACGACUCUCGACAAUUUAUUGGCACGGCCGAAAAUGUCCACUUCCACGGUAAGGUAUCCGACCGACCCCAUCACCAGCCACAGCUAAUCCAUUGGAAGGAGACGAAACCCAGUUCGUGGAUGAUGCGCAUUUACCAUGCGCGAGGAAUGCACGGUUCAACUCGCUCGUUGACAGCGAGGAAUCUCUCUACUGCCUCGAAAGCACCCGCGUCCAAAUCUUGCGGGACAUUGACAAUUGGGUUGAUGACCGAAAAGGUCGUUGCAUCUUCUGGUUAA